ACCUGAUGUUUGUCUCCAUGCUGGUCUCUGGAGACCAGUGGACUGUCAGUCUGUCCAUCAUGGACCUGAUGUUUGUCUCCAUGGUUUCAGUCUGGUUGUGUCCUUCAUGUGUCUUCUGUUCCAGCUGCUGGAGGACGACAUCGUCAUGUUUGUGAAGGACGAGCUGAAGAAGAUCCAGAAGGUUCUGAGUCCAGAUUACCCAGAAUCCUCAGAGAGUCUGGAGGAGGAUGAAGAUGAAGAGCAGAAGAGCAUCCGAGAGACAUUCAUGAAGCUCACAGUGAAGUUCUUGAGGAGGAGGAAGCAGGAGAAACUGGCCGACUUCCUGCAGAACAAUACCGUCGAUGCAGUUUGUCAAUCCAAACUCAAAGUUCAGCUGCAGAAGAAGUACCAGCAUGUGUCUGAGGGAAUCACUAAAGCAGGAGAGAAAACCCUUCUGGAGCAGAUCUACACGGAGCUCUACAUCACAGAGGGAGGGACCGGAGAGGUCAAUAAAGAACAUGAAGUCAGACAGAUUGAAGCAGCUUCCAGGAAACCAGACGGAGCAGAAACAGCCGUCAGACAGGAAGACAUCUUUAAACCCCCACCUGGAAGAGAUAAACGAAUCAGAACAGUGAUGACGAAGGGAGUGGCCGGCAUCGGGAAAACAGUCCUAACACAGAAGUUCAGUCUGGACUGGGCUGAAGGCAGAACCAACCAGGACAUCCAGUUCCUGCUUCCAUUCACCUUCAGACAGCUGAAUGUGCUGAGAGAGGAGAAGUUCAGCUUGGUGGAACUAGUUCAUCACUUCUUCACUGAAACCAAAGGAAUCUGCAGCUUUGAAGAGUUCCAGGUCGUGUUCAUCUUUGACGGUCUGGAUGAGAGUCGACUUCCUCUGGACUUCCACAACUCUACAAUCAUCAGUGACCCCAGAAGGUCCACCUCAGUGGACGUGCUGCUGACAAACCUCAUCAGGGGGAACCUGCUUCCUUCUGCUCGUCUCUGGAUCACGACACGACCCGCAGCAGCCAAUCAGAUCCCUCCUGAGUGUGUCUCCAUGGUGACGGAGGUCAGAGGGUUCACUGACCCACAGAAGGAGGAAUACUUCAGGAAGAGGUUCAGAGAUGAGGAGCAGACCAGCAGGAUCAUCUCCCACAUCAAGACAUCACGGAGCCUCCACAUCAUGUGCCACAUCCCAGUCUUCUGCUGGAUCACUGCUACGGUCCUGGAGAACGUCCUGGAGAACGUCCUGGAGAACGUCCAGGAAACCAGAGAGGGAGGGCGGCUGCCCAAGACUCUGACUGAGAUGUACAUCCACUUCCUGGUGGUCCAGGCCAAACUGAAGAAGUUCAAGUAUGACGGAGGAGCUGGGACGGAUCCACACUGGAGUCCAGAGAGCAGGAAGAUGGUGGAGUCUCUGGGAAAACUGGCUUUUGAGCAGCUGCAGAAAGGAAACCUGAUCUUCUAUGAAUCAGACCUGAAAGAGUGUGGUAUAAAUAUCAGAGAGGCUUCGGUGUACUCAGGAGUGUUCACCCAGAUCUUUAGAGAGGAGAGCGGCCUGUACCAGGACCAGGUUUUCUGCUUCAUCCAUCUGAGUGUCCAGGAGUUUCUGGCUGCUCUUCAUGUCCAUCAGACCUUCAUCAAGUCUGGAGUCAACCUGCUGGAGGGACAGAGAAAAACCUCAACAUGGACAACCUCUCGCACAUCUGAAACACGAGAAGUUCAGGAAGAGCAUGAAGAUGAAGAGACUCGCUUCUAUCGAAGUGCUGUGGACAAGGCCUUACAGAGUCCAAACGGACACCUGGACUUGUUCCUGCGCUUCCUCCUGGGUCUUUCACUGGAGACCAAUCAGAACCUCCUACGAGGUCUGAUGGAACCAGAACAAAGAAGUUCACAGAACAAUCAGAAAACACUUAACUACAUCAAGUGGAAGAUCAGUGGGGAUCUGUCUGCAGAGAGAAGCAUCAACCUGUUCCACUGUCUGAAUGAACUGAACGAUCGGUCUCUGGUGAAGGAGAUCCAAGACUCCCUGAGGUCAGGACGUCUCUCCACAGAUGAACUGUCUCCUGCUCAGUGGUCGGCUCUGGUCUUCAUCUUACUGUCAUCAGAAGAAGAUCUGGAGGUGUUUGACCUGAAGAAGUUCUCAGCUUCAGAGGAGGCUCUACGGAGGCUGCUGCCGGUGGUCAAAGCCUCCAAGAAAGUUCUACUUAGUGCCUGUCACCUCUCAGAGAACAUCUGUCCACUUCUGUCCUCAGCUCUCAGCUCUCAGUCCUCACACCUGAGAGAGCUGGACCUGAGCAACAACGACCUGCAGGAUUCUGGACUGAAGAAGCUGUGUCCUGGACUGGAGAGUCCACACUGUAAACUGGAGUCUCUCAGGCUGUCAGGCUGUCUGAUCUCAGAGGAAGGAAGUGCUUCUCUGGUCUCAGCUCUGACCUCCAACCCCUCCCACCUGAGAGAGCUGGACCUGAGCAACAACGACCUGCAGGAUUCUGGACUGAAGAAGCUGUGUCCAGGACUGGAGAGUCCACACUGUCACCUGGAGUCUCUCAGGGUGGAGCCUGCUGGACAACGAUUUCUGACACCAGGUCCGAGGAAGUAUUCCUGUCAACUCACCAUCGACACAAACACAGUCCACAAUAGGAUCAAAAUGUCUAACAAGAACAGGAAGAUGACGUGUAUGAACCAGGCUCGGUCAUAUCCUGAUCAUCCAGACAGGUUUGAUCCCUGGUUUCAGCUGAUGUGUAGUGAAGUUCUGACGGGUCGCUGUUACUGGGAGGUCCAGAGGAGAGGACCUGUUUUUGUAUCAGUGAGUUACAGAAGAAUCAGCAGGAAAGGAGGCUCUGACUGUUUGUUUGGAAGAAACGAUCAUUCCUGGUGUCUGGAAUUUUUUUCAGAUGGUCAGUACCGGCUCCUUCACAAUAACAGCUGCACACCCACCUUCUCCUCAUGUCAAACUCCAGACUCUCGCAAAUCCAUCUUCUCCUCACGUUCAUCUUCAGUCCCUGACAGACUAGGAGUGUACGUGGACGUUCCUGCUGGAACUCUGUCCUUCUACGGAGUCUUCUCUGACAGACUGAUCCACAUCCACACCGUCAACACCACCUUCUCUGGACCUCUCUAUGCUGGAUUUGGCUUGUCUGAGUCUGGUUCCUCAGUGUCUCUGUGUCCAGUUUAGUCUCCAGAGUCUCCUGUCAGAGAAACUGUCUCUGUUGGAUCCUGGACUUGGACUCUGGUUCUGGUUCCUCAGAGUCUCCAUGAUGAUGAUGAUGAUGAAGGUGAUGAUGAUGAUGAUGAUGAUGAUGGUGAUGAUGAUGAUGAUGAUGAUGAUGAUGAUGAUGAAGAUGAUGAUGAUGAUGAUGAUGAUGAUGGUGAUGAUGAUGAUGAUGGUGAUGAUGAUGAUGAUGAUGAUGAUGAUGAUGAUGAUGAUGAGGAUGAUGAUGAUGAUGAUGAUGAUGAUGAUGAUGAUGAGGAUGAUGAGGAUGAUGAUGAUGGUGAUGAUGGUGAUGA